UCAGGCGCGGCCCUCACAUGAUCUGCAACAACCAAGCCACACACAUUACACAGAGCGAUAAGUGGUGUCUCUGAAUGCUGUGUGAUGUGUCCCUCUGUCAAUUUUGGCUCUUCUUACUUGCGUCGGACGAUGCGGGCGACUCAUCGCUGUCUUUUGCCGGCGCUCGAUAAGUGGGCUGACGCUGAUGGGACGGUGAGGUGCUGCUGCUGCUGCUGUGGCUGGUGUGUGUGGGCGGCUGUGGGCGUGUGUUGAGUUCCCCACAGCAUGCCCCUCACCCACUUCACACACCUCGGCAUCGACAUGGUCCUCAGCUCAGAUGUGGGAUUCACAGGAUCUGCAACAAGAACCCACACAGACAGAGACCGAUGAAUGGUGUCUCUGCCCGUAAUGUGCUGUGAUAUGUUGGCGUACCUUAUGAUUGUGCUCAAGUCCUCUCGCUGCCCCUCGUCCGCAUUCAUCCCGCCCCUUAUCAGCACCAGCGCCAUUUUGAGGUCCUUAACGGCCUCCGCCUCCGCCCUCGCGCCCUUCUGCCCCUCCUCACGCAGCCGCCCCUCCACCGCAUCGACCAGCCAUGUGUAGCGACCCUCUGCCGCCUCGCUCGUCAGGCCCUUCA